CUCCCUCCUCGCCGGGCAUUCAAACAGCUUUCCGACGUCGCCUGGCAGCCCAGGAUUUUCGCCCCAGCUCCUCCGCUGCGCUCCGUCCAUCAUCAGUACCUGGCGGGGAGGAGGGCCAGGGAGAAGGGCGCACCGAGCAGCCGGGCUCCAGUUCCAGCCUCGCCACCGGCCGGGAGCACUCCUGCCAUCAGCCCGCCGCCCAGCCCGCCGCCUCGGCCGCCCGCGGCGGCCACUUCUCAGCGCUUUUUGGGCUCCUUGGCCAAUCCGUUUGUUGGGGCGGGUGGUGGGUUUGGGAAAACACAUCUGCGCUCUUAAUCCACUUCCAUUUUUUUUUUGUUUGGUUUUUUUUUUGUUUUUGUUUUUGUUUGUUGUUUCUGUCGAGUCUCCCUUCAGGGGGCCUCUCCCCGCCUCUCCUUUGGAGGCUUCAUUCACUUGGAUAAGGCGCAAGGCUCUGGCCACUGGGUACCCCCCCUCCUUUUUUUUUUAAUCUCCCCCCUUUUUUUGCUUCUCUUAUGCGUGCAUUUUUUUCCCCAAUAAUAAAUCCUGAUAUUUGAAGCUGAGCCGAGGGAAAAAUGGGCAACGGUGAUUGGGACCGAAGGGGAGUCUCUCCGUCACUGUUGUUGGGACGUGUGCCUGUGCUGGUGUCUUAGAUCAAAAGCCUCCCGGAGCUUUCGGAGUGGAAGGCCAAAUGACAUAGGAUGAAGGCUGUUCGUACCCUGCUGAUUUAUAUAUUUUCCACCUAUCUCCUGGUUAUGUUUGGAUUUAAUGCUGCCCAAGACUUCUGGUGUUCAACUUUGGUGAAGGGAGUCAUUUAUGGAUCCUAUUCUGUAAGUGAAAUGUUUCCCAAAAACUUUACAAACUGCACUUGGACGCUGGAAAAUCCAGAUCCAACCAAAUAUAGCAUUUACCUGAAAUUUUCCAAAAAGGACCUUAGCUGCUCUAACUUUUCCCUUCUGGCUUAUCAGUUUGAUCAUUUUUCCCAUGAAAAAAUAAAGGAUCUUUUGAGAAAGAACCAUUCUAUAAUGCAACUCUGCAGUUCCAAGAAUGCUUUUGUUUUUCUACAGUAUGAUAAAAAUUUUAUUCAGAUACGUCGGGUAUUUCCAACUGAUUUUCCGGGAUUACAGAAAAAGGGCGAAGAAGAUCAGAAAUCUUUUUUUGAGUUUUUGGUACUGAACAAGGUGAGCCCAAGCCAGUUUGGUUGCCAUGUCUUAUGCACUUGGUUGGAGAGUUGCUUAAAAUCGGAAAAUGGGAGAACAGAGUCCUGUGGAAUCAUGUACACAAAGUGCACCUGCCCUCAGCAUUUGGGAGAGUGGGGGAUUGAUGACCAGUCGCUGGUUUUGUUGAAGAACGUCGUGUUACCCCUGAAUGAGCAGACAGAGGGCUGCCUGACUCAGGAGCUGCAGACUACUCAAGUCUGCAAUCUGACCAGGGAGGCCAAAAGACCACCCAAAGAAGAAUUUGGAAUGAUGGGAGAUCAUACAAUUAAAAGUCAGCGACCUCGAUCUGUCCAUGAAAAAAGGGUCCCUCAGGAACAAGCUGACGCUGCUAAAUUUAUGGCACAAACUGGUGAAUCUGGUGUGGAAGAGUGGUCCCAGUGGAGCACAUGCUCAGUUACUUGUGGUCAAGGGUCGCAGGUGCGAACCAGAACUUGUGUAUCACCUUACGGGACACACUGCAGCGGCCCAUUAAGAGAAUCAAGGGUUUGCAAUAACACUGCCCUCUGUCCAGUACAUGGAGUUUGGGAGGAAUGGUCACCAUGGAGCUUAUGCUCCUUUACAUGUGGCCGAGGCCAAAGAACACGAACCAGGUCAUGCACACCUCCUCAGUAUGGAGGGAGGCCCUGUGAAGGACCUGAAACACAUCACAAGCCUUGCAAUAUUGCUCUCUGUCCAGUUGAUGGACAGUGGCAGGAAUGGAGUUCAUGGAGCCACUGCUCAGUGACGUGUUCCAAUGGGACACAGCAGAGGAGCCGGCAAUGCACCGCGGCUGCUCACGGAGGCUCCGAGUGCAGAGGACCCUGGGCGGAGAGCAGAGAGUGCUAUAACCCUGAAUGUACAGCCAAUGGUCAGUGGAAUCAGUGGGGUCACUGGAGUGGAUGUUCCAAGUCCUGUGAUGGAGGCUGGGAGAGGCGAGUGAGGACUUGUCAGGGCGCAGCUUUAACAGGACAGCAGUGUGAAGGAACAGGUGAAGAAAUAAGACGGUGCAGUGAGCAGCGGUGCCCAGCACCUUAUGAAAUAUGCCCAGAGGAUUAUCUUAUAUCAAUGGUGUGGAAAAGGACUCCUGCGGGCGACCUGGCAUUCAACCAAUGUCCACUGAAUGCCACAGGCACCACUAGCAGACGCUGCUCUCUCAGUCUUCAAGGAGUGGCCUUCUGGGAACAGCCGAGCUUUGCAAGAUGCAUAUCCAAUGAGUACAGACACUUGCAGCAUUCAAUUAAAGAGCAUCUUGCGAAGGGGCAGCGGAUGCUGGCAGGUGAUGGAAUGUCCCAGGUCACCAAGACACUGUUGGAUUUAACCCAGAGGAAAAAUUUCUAUGCCGGUGACCUUCUAGUGUCUGUGGAAAUACUCAGAAAUGUGACAGAUACAUUUAAAAGGGCAAGUUACAUCCCUGCGUCUGAUGGUGUCCAGAACUUCUUUCAAAUAGUUAGCAACCUUCUAGAUGAAGAAAACAAGGAGAAAUGGGAAGAUGCGCAGCAGAUUUACCCAGGCUCAAUAGAGUUAAUGCAGGUGAUUGAAGAUUUUAUACACAUUGUUGGAAUGGGGAUGAUGGACUUUCAAAAUUCAUACCUAAUGACUGGAAAUGUAGUGGCUAGCAUUCAGAAGCUUCCCGCCGCCUCUGUUCUAACAGACAUCAACUUCCCAAUGAAAGGUCGGAAAGGAAUGGUGGAUUGGGCAAGGAAUUCAGAAGAUCGAGUUGUGAUUCCAAAAAGCAUUUUCACUCCUGUGUCAUCAAAAGAAUUGGAUGAGUCAUCUGUAUUUGUCCUUGGAGCAGUCCUAUACAAAAACUUAGACCUAAUUUUGCCCACUUUGAGAAAUUAUACUGUCGUUAAUUCUAAAAUCAUCGUGGUCACAAUCAGGCCUGAACCCAAAACAACUGACUCAUUUUUGGAGAUAGAGCUAGCUCACUUGGCGAAUGGCACGUUGAAUCCCUAUUGUGUGCUAUGGGAUGACUCAAAAUCGAACGAGUCUUUGGGAACGUGGUCCACCCAGGGAUGUAAAACUGUGCUUACCGAUGCAUCCCAUACGAAAUGCUUAUGUGAUCGGCUCUCUACCUUCGCCAUUUUGGCUCAGCAACCUAGAGAAAUAGUCAUGGAAUCUUCUGGGACCCCUUCAGUAACUCUAAUAGUAGGCAGUGGCCUCUCCUGCCUUGCCUUGAUCACCCUAGCAGUUGUCUAUGCAGCCCUAUGGAGGUACAUCCGCUCUGAGAGGUCCAUAAUUCUAAUUAACUUCUGCCUAUCUAUCAUAUCAUCCAAUAUUCUCAUACUGGUUGGACAGACCCAGACACACAAUAAGAGCAUCUGUACGACCACCACUGCAUUCCUGCAUUUUUUCUUCCUGGCUUCAUUCUGUUGGGUUUUGACAGAAGCGUGGCAGUCAUAUAUGGCUGUAACUGGGAAGAUCAGGACACGGCUUAUAAGGAAACGCUUUCUGUGCCUUGGAUGGGGACUGCCAGCUUUAGUCGUAGCCACAUCUGUGGGCUUCACCAGGACGAAAGGAUAUGGCACGGAUCACUACUGCUGGCUGUCUCUUGAAGGAGGACUGCUGUAUGCCUUCGUUGGACCUGCAGCCGCUGUUGUCCUGGUCAACAUGGUGAUUGGCAUUUUGGUAUUUAAUAAACUUGUUUCCAGAGAUGGAAUCCUAGAUAAAAAGCUCAAACACAGAGCCGGUCAGAUGAGUGAACCCCAUAGCGGUUUGACGCUCAAGUGUGCCAAGUGUGGAGUAGUGUCUACAACAGCUUUGUCAGCCACCACCGCCAGUAACGCCAUGGCCUCGCUUUGGAGCUCCUGUGUGGUGCUGCCCCUUCUGGCUCUCACAUGGAUGUCUGCAGUGCUGGCCAUGACCGAUAAACGCUCCAUAUUGUUUCAAAUCCUUUUUGCUGUGUUCGAUUCAUUACAAGGCUUCGUGAUAGUCAUGGUCCAUUGCAUUCUUCGGAGAGAGGUUCAAGAUGCAUUUAGAUGCCGGUUGAGAAACUGCCAGGAUCCAAUCAAUGCUGAUUCUUCAAGUUCUUUUCCUAAUGGGCAUGCACAAAUCAUGACAGACUUUGAAAAGGAUGUAGACAUUGCUUGUCGAUCUGUGCUUCAUAAGGAUAUUGGUCCUUGCCGAGCAGCAACAAUAACAGGAACACUCUCCAGGAUCUCUCUAAAUGACGAUGAGGAAGAAAAGGGAACGAACCCUGAAGGGCUAAGCUAUUCAACAUUGCCUGGAAAUGUCAUUUCCAAAGUCAUCAUCCAACAGCCCACGGGCCUGCACAUGCCCAUGAGUAUGAAUGAGCUGAGCAGUCAAUGUCUGAAAAAAGAGAACACUGAAUUGCGGAGAACUGUGUACUUAUGCACGGAUGACAAUUUAAGAGGGACCGAUAUGGACAUAGUCCACCCUCAAGAAAGAAUGAUGGAAAGUGACUAUAUUGUGAUGCCUAGAAGUUCUGUAAAUACCCAGCCAUCAAUGAAAGAAGAAAGCAAAAUGAAUAUUGGCAUGGAAACCUUGCCGCAUGAAAGGCUAUUGCACUACAAAGUGAAUCCUGAAUUCAAUAUGAAUCCCCCUGUAAUGGACCAGUUCAAUAUGAACUUAGAUCAGCAUCUUGCACCCCAGGAACAUAUGCAGAGUUUACCCUUUGAGCCCCGCACAGCUGUGAAGAAUUUCAUGGCCUCCGAGUUGGAUGAUAAUGUAGGGCUGUCAAGAAGCGAAACUGGAUCAACUAUUUCUAUGAGUUCUCUAGAGAGAAGAAAAUCACGGUAUUCUGACCUUGACUUUGAGGAAAACCCAGCAGCAAACAAGAACCCAUGGGACACUUUCAAACCCCCCAGCGAAUACCAACAUUACACCACAAUCAAUGUCUUAGACACAGAGGCGAAGGAUGCUUUGGAGCUGAGGCCUGCAGAGUGGGAGAAAUGUCUGAAUUUGCCUCUGGACGUGCAAGAGGGUGACUUUCAAACAGAAGUGUAAUACCAUCAAAGUGAACUGAGGUGGAGACACAAUCAUUUGACACUGACACUGAGAUUGGGAAAGCCUGACAUUUCCACCUGGACAGUGUGACUUUUCUCUGUCAGGACCUUUCUGUGCCAACAUCAGUGUUUGCAUAUGGUAAUUUCUCACUGGUCAGGCUAGUGUACAGUUCUCACCACCCUGUGUUGUAAGUACCCGUGGAAUGGAUUUGAAGGUAAUCUUUCUAGAUAAACCUCAAGCAACGAUUCAUGUUGUAACAGCUUCAUGUGGUUUAGUUUUCAGAAAACUUCACCAUGAAGCACAAUGUAUAUAUUUAUGCAGUUUUUAAAGUUUAUAACAGUCUGUUUGGCCAUUACUACACUUUUUACUUUAUAAUAUAAAAGCAAAGUUUUUGUCAUUAAAUGAAUGUUUGUUGAGCUACAUUCUUCAUUGCUUUAAAUGCAAUAAAGUAAUAAUCUCACUUUUAUAUGAAUAAUAUAUUUCACAUCUUUAUUAUUGCAGUUUUCUCUAGAAGGCUCUGAGUAGCUUUCUCUGCUGCAGCUGUGUAUAAAAUAUUUAAAAUGUUGUAUGGUGUAAAUAAACUUUUGUCUACAUAUCAGUUUUUUAGUGCAUUUUAUUUUGGAUUUGUUGAACAGGAAUUUACAUAUUUAUAAAGUUUUCUUUUUCAAUACCGACACUGAAAAUGUAUUCAGAGUUUUAACAGCAUACCAUUAUUACUCCUUUGAGCCUAAUGAUUUCUCAAUGUAAUGACAGGUUUGCAUAGUGCUUCUGUAUUUCCUACUUAGACACCCUUUGGAACAAUGUACCAUGUAAAUGGGGCUUGUCAGAAAUCUGCGACCAUCAUCCUCUUCAUAACGUUAUGUUCUUUUCUGUCUUCUGGCAACAUGACAAGUGGCAGAAAACAGUAGUUUACUCAACAGAGAAUGAUGCAGGGAAAAUGUGUGAGGUGAUUCAGUGUGUUGAAUGUUUCACAGAAAACCAUUUCUACCGGAGUUCUUUAUAACAUAAACAUGAAUGAACUUCUUUAAGACCUUAAAUAUCCACUCUGCAUACACUCCAGCAGAAGGAAAAGGAGAAUGGGUGUAGCUGUCUCUGGUUUGAAAGUAAGAAGCCUGAGAUUAGCCAGUUGUACAAGCAGUUCCCAGUGCCCUCUCUCAUAGUGAUGCCUCUUGCUUGCUCAGACACAUGUUCGAGGAAGGUCAAGAAGGCAUUCGGCAAUUGCCAGGGCCUUUGGGUGGCUGGAGAAUGUAUCUUGCAGUCCGAAGCAUUGAAGGUAAUGGGAAGAAGAUGAGGGGUAUCCUCAAAUGUCCUCAAAUGCUUAAUUUGAUUAGCUUUCAGUUACACCUGAGCUGUGUGGUCUGUGUUUGGAACUCAUGUAGAUCAGUUCCUUCUCCUGGCAACCUUGGCGACCUUGAGGGACCCUGGGGGACCCUGGUACUUAGGUUGCGAGGGAGAGACAUUGGUGCUUCAGUCUUCAAGUGCGCCUCUGAGCUGGAGCCUUAACCACACAGCUCAGGCAGAACCCCUGUCCCACGCUGAAAAUGUUCUCAGUGUCAAGGUGUUGAAAGUAUAUUUUUAAUCAGAUUUUAAAGAUAAAAGUGGUAUCAUUAUGCAAAAAAGGAGUAUAACAUAAAGAUUUUUUCAAUAAAUUAAAUGCUAAUUAUGAUAUAAUUGUAGAGUCUAUUGAAUUUAUAAGAUGACUUUUUUUGGUGAGAAGGAAUAUUUGAUAAAUCUUCCCCUUCUCUGACUCUUUCUCCUUUUUAUUCCACCCUACAUCUCUCUCUUACAUAUGUACACACACGUGUCUCUUUGUGUGUGUGCACAUACAUUAGGACUCAUAGUUCUCUGCUCCAUCUCAGAAACCUAUAGCUAUGAAUGCAACUGUAUAGAAAGUCACUCACUCCAAUUUGUAAAAUCUAAAAGUUUUUGAAAAAUUGCAUUAGUCAGAUGUUUCAAAAUAUAAAUUCAAUAAGUUUUAAAACAUAGAAGUUCAAUACAUUAAUGUUUCUUCUAAAUAUUUACUAUCCUAAAAUAAACCCUUACAUUUCUCGUAAUUCAGUAUUUCAUGGCUGUUAAUUGGAAAUCGCUUACCAAAAUAACUGGGGCUGGAAGUUUGGGUUUGCUAGGAGGCAUGCCAAGUUACCAGCAUGGUUGAUUUCUCUGCUUUUUUUUUUUAAUCCAUAUUUUAAAAAUACAGAUUGAAAGGUCCUUAGGAAUCCAAAGUUCAGGAAGCCUCAUUCUAGGCGGUCCCAUUCUUUCCCAUACCUGUGUGCAUGCACACAGGCGCGCUCACACGUGUGCGCAUACACACACACACAUCUUCAAGGCUGAGUUGCAGCUGUCUCCUUUGAUGGGGACUACCAUCCAGUCUUGGACACUUCCUUCCCAGCUGAUUUGUACUCAGAACCCUCCAGGCUCUUUGUGCCCUCGCACUAGGCAGUUUUUACUCUUUCCACAUGUCUACAUUUCACUUCUACUUCAAGUGAAACAUGAAUUUCAUCUUGAUGACGUUUUCCACGAUUUCCUGAGCUACAAUGAAUUCCUCUUGUGAACUCUCUGGACACUGUUUCUGUACUUCUUUUAGGACCUCCCAGCCUUCUACCUUGUUACUUUUUCUGAUAUCCCCGGUAGACUGUAAGUGCCUAAAGGGCAGAUUUCAUGUUGGAUCCAUUUUGUAUUUCUUAAGGGACCUAGCACAAUAAAUUUCACACAAUAAAUGUUUGUUAAAUUA